GGGUUGCUCGCGGAGUUGUUUCAGGUUAAACGCGAAUUCUGUUAACUUUUUGCUUCAUUUUAAUUCUGUAAAAGUCGAACAGAGUUCUUUUUGCAUUUACGCUUCGCAAUGGCCGACAGUGCUGGAGAAUGGUGCCUGAUCGAGUCCGAUCCGGGCGUGUUUACCGAGUUGAUCCGGGAGUUUGGAGUUGAAGGGGUCCAGGUGGAGGAACUGUGGAGUCUGGACGAGGAACGGUUUAAGGAGUUGGAUCCGGUUCAUGGGUUGAUUUUCCUGUUUAAAUGGGUUAAGGAUGAACCGGCGGGGUCGAUUGUGCAGGAUAGCCGGCUGGAGAAGAUCUUCUUUGCCAAGCAGGUUAUUAAUAAUGCGUGUGCUACUCAGGCCAUUUUGAGCAUUUUGUUGAACAGCAAACAUUCCGACAUUAAGCUCGGUUCGACGCUGACUGACUUCAAGGAGUUUUGCAUGUCCUUCGACGCCCAGAACAAAGGGCUGGCUUUGUCGAACGCGUCCCAGAUCCGGACUGUGCACAAUUCCUUCGCGAGGCAGACACUCUUCGAGUUGGACAACAAGCAGGCCAACAAGGAUGACGACGUGUUCCACUUUGUCGGUUACAUUCCGAUCGAUGGCCGUCUUUACGAGCUCGACGGCCUCAAGGAAGGUCCGAUCGAUUUGGGCGCAGUCGGUCCCGAGGAGGAUUGGAUCAGCGUGGUGCGGCCAAUAAUCGAGAAGCGGAUCCAAAAGUACAGCGAAGGAGAGAUUCACUUUAAUCUGAUGGCUUUGGUCACGGAUCGGCAGGUGAUUUACCAGCGCCAGAUUGAUCAGCUGCUGCAGCAGGCCGAUGACGCGAUGGACACGGAUACCAAGCAGGAGGAAAUCACCCGGCUCCGGCUGCACAUCGAGGAUGAGGUGGCCAAACGAAAGCGCUACAAGGUGGAAAACAUUCGCCGCAAACAUAACUAUUUGCCACUGAUAGUUGAACUGCUUAAGGUCCUGGCGGCCAACGGCCAGCUUAUGCCGCUGUACGAAAAGGCCAAACAGAGGGCUGUCGAACGAGAGGCGACGAAGGUGGCCGCGCAGAAGUAGGGCGUGAUGGCGGUGAGUAAUGUGUACUGAGCAUUAAUAAAUAUUCUGUCUUCAAUUUAUACUGGAUCAACUGAGAA